ACUGUAAAGCUUUUGGUAUGUAUAUAAAGACCCGCUCUGGGGUUUGAUGGCACCUGAGCAGUCUACUCCAGCCAUGGCUAAGGUCAUCUUCUACGAGGACAGGAACUUCGGGGGGCGCUCCUAUGAGUGCAGCAGCGACUGCGCCGACCUGCACUCCUACUUCAGCCGCUGCAACUCCAUCCGAGUGGAGAGCGGCUGCUGGAUGGUGUACGAGCGCCCCAACUACAUGGGCUACCAGUACUUCCUGCGCAGGGGCGAGUAUCCCGACUACCAGCGCUGGAUGGGCUACAACAGUUGCAUCAGGUCCUGCCGCAUGGUGCCAAUGUACAGGGGAUUGUACAGAAUGAAGAUCUAUGAGAAAGCAGACUUUGCCGGACACAUAAUGGAGUUCCUGGAUGACUGCCCCUGCGUGUCAGAUCGUUUCCAUCAUCGGCACAUUUCUUCCUGCAAUGUGAUGAACGGCUACUGGAUUUUCUACGAAUAUCCCAAUUACAGGGGCCGGCAGUACUACCUGAGACCGGGGGAGUACCGGAGAUACCGCGACUGGUGUGCGACAUGUGCCACAGUCGGCUCUUUCAGACGUGUCAUUGACUAUUAACGAGCACAGCUCCAGUACGUGUUUUGUAAAUAACGUGCCAUUAAAGUUGUUGAAUG